AUGUACUUAAAGGGCAUGGGAUAUGAUCAGAUGACGACAAAUAUUGUAAAAUACAUCAACGUAGUUUUGAAGGAUGCACGGGCACUGUCGAUGACCGCUUUCUUGGACCAUAUAAGAUCUACGCACGAGGCAUGGUUUGUCGAACGUAAGGAGAUAGCAUUGAACCGAGAAACUGUAUUAUCUGAUCACAGUGAGUCCCUAUUGAAGUUGGUUGAUUUGAGGUCCAAAAGGUACGUAGUACGACCAAUAGACCACUAUGAGUUGGAUAUUGUGGACGAUCAUAUAAAUCCUUGCAUCAAUUUACAUGAUAAAACUCGCAUGUGCGGCAAGUUUAGUUACUAUGAAAUUCCAUGUUCGCAUGCACUUGCUGCUUGUAGGGUGUGGGACAUCGAGCUGUACACGCUAUGCUUUCGUGCCUACUACGUCACAUCCUAG